UACGCCUACACGCUGCAAAAGUACCUGCGUCUGCAGCAGCAGCACGAGCAGCUUUGCAGCAACCUCGAGCAGAUCCGCCCGCGCACCGCCUCGACCGGCACCCUUUCCACAAUCUCCUCGCCCAGUACCUCGCCCGUUCGCACUUCCAUCCACGCCCUGGCUGCUUCAUCGCCAGUCUCAGCAUCAACGCCAUCAUCACGACGACACUCGCGAUCCGGCGGCGCUCGCCGAGCUUCAAGGCACUCACGCUGCUUCGAGGACCAGCUCGACACCAUCGUCGACGAAGACACAAUCUACCAGAUCUCAGCCGAGGAGCAGCGCCUUUCUGAUGUCAACGAAAGCAUCAAGCGGGCACUGACCGAAUUGCUCAACUGCGAUGCCGUGCGCAGCGACAUGAGGACGCGCAUGUGGGCUCAGGCCAGACUGAUGGAGACGGAGCAGGAACUUCGUUCAGGACGGCGGAGGCGAAGCUCG